AUGUCAGUAAAUAGUAGUAGUUUUAAUAAUAGUGGUAGUAUCAACAAUAAUAAUAAAAAUACACAUGAUCAUCUGACUUGUCAUUUAUCAGAUUUUUUAAACACAAAUAAAAUAAAAAAUUGUACAGUUGAAAAUUUAAUUGAAAAUGAAAAUGAUAAUCAUUUUAAAAUUUAUAAAUUUUUAUUAUUUGAUUUCUCAGAAGUUGUUGGAAAAAUGGUUAAAGAGUAUUUACCAAAUAGAAAUGGUGAAGUGAAGGAUUAUUCAAGUAGUGGGAAAUAUUGUUUACCAGAUGAGGGACUUUUAAAAAUGGUUUAUGAUAUCGCAACAAUAGAAUACAAAAUCAAUACACCAAUUGGGAAAGAGAAUUUUAUAGAAGGUUUUGUGGACACUCCUGAUUUAAUACACUUUACAAUAAAGUUUGUUUCCAAGACUGCAGAGUUCCAUAAUGUCUCAAGUUUUUGUGAUUCUUUUGAUUCAUCUUCAACUACUAUAACAAAUACAACCUUUUCAACAUAA